AUGAGGAAGUUUGAGCACGUAGUUUGCAGGACACCCUGUAGUCAAAUUGUGAAUGGAAUUACAUCUGCUAACUUGGGGAAACCUAUUUACAAAGAAUUACUUGAUCAGCACAAUUCAUACAUUCGUGCACUUCAAACUUGUGAGGUUGAUAUCACAAUAUUGCCGUCUCUAGAAGACUACCCCGAUUCAGUGUUUGUGGAGGAUGUUGCUCUCUGCACACCAAAGUGCGCCAUUGUGACACUGCCAGGUGCUGACAGUAGGUGUGGAGAAGCUUCACUCAUGACGCCCGUACUUCGCAGGUUCUAUGAGCAUAUUGAAUGCAUUCAGGCUCCUGGAACGCUUGAUGCUGGUGAUGUCAUGAUGGUUGGUGAUCACUAUUACAUUGGGGCAUCUACCAGAACAAAUGCUGAGGGCGCUGCUCAACUCAUUGCAAUUCUGAAUAAGUAUGGAAUGACUGGCUCUGUUGUCAAACUCGAGAAGGGUCUCCAUUUGAAGACGGGACUUACUUAUUUGGAGAAUAAUAAUUUACUGGCUGCAGGUGAGUUUAUCAGUAAGCCAGAGUUCCAAAAGUACAACAUUGUGGUUGUACCUGAAGAGGAAGAGUAUGCUGCAAAUUGCAUCUGGGUCAAUGAGAAUGUGAUCAUGCCUGCUGGAUAUCCAAUCACAAAAGCAAACAUUCAGAAACUGGGAUAUAAUGUCAUUGAAGUGAACGCUUCUGAAUUCCGCAAACAUGUUGUGGUUCGAAGAAGUGUUGCAUAA